AUAAUCUAGUAGUGGUAUCUCGAGUCAAGAUACUAAAACUUAAUCUGAACUCAUCUAUAAAUCAUCAUCACCACCACCCGCCGGCUAACUCUUGACCGCUCCAUUCUUGUGUCAUUCAUUCCACACAUUCCAGUUUCCUUACUUUGCUCAUUUUUUUUUUUUUUUUUUCAUAUCUCUCUCCUCAAUACAAGGCAUUUGUAUACCUGCUCUUGACCUGCCAUCUUGUGAUCAGCAGUGUUUUCCCAUCACCACCUUUGAUCACCCCACACCAAGGACAAAGGCAGCCUUUGAUCUACACAUCACAAAUACCCCUGCGAAUUCCCACAACCGCCCGCUCAAUUUCCAUACUCACCACUCAUUCGUUUGAUACGAACCUUUUUUUCGCUUCUUUCACUCAUUAUAUUACGCUGAGCUAGUCUCAGUACACAAGAAUCCCCCAAAGAAAACAUCAACCCCAGAACGGUCAAGUCAAAGAUGAAGUACUCUACCGCUAUCUCCGCCGGCUUGGCCCUCGUCGGCUUCGCCUCUGCCGCUCCUACCUCGGUGGAAGCCCGCGCCGUGAAGUCUGCAGCCCAGAUCAUCGGCGAGAUCGCCCCAAACUCGCUCACCUGCGCGGACACCAGCGCGACCUCUGAAUGUCGCACCAAUGUGCAAGCAGCGCCCUUGUUCAUCCAUGCCUUCAAGGAGUACAGACUGUUCGACUACGGGCAGAUGGCUGCCGUGCUGGCCCUGACGUCGCUGGAAUCCGUCGACUUCCAGUACAAGCACAAUGUCAAGCCGGGCCGCCCAGGCCAGGGUACAAGUAACAUGCAGAUGAUCACGUUCAACCAAGAGUACGCUGCUUCCAUCGACGCCCUCAAGGACCCGCUAGCCGCCAUUGGAACCGCCGAUACCCCCGAGAAGCAGAACGCCGUCCUCGCCCUCGUCAAGGACGACAAGUACAACUUCGCCUCCGGUCCCUGGUUCCUCACUAAGCAUUGUCCCGCCUCCGUCGAUGCGCUCAAGGCUAGGGGCACCCAACUCGACGACGCCUUCAAGGGUUACAUGGACUGUGUCGGUGUCACCAUCGACGCUGCUCGCCAGGAGAAAUGGACCCUGGCUAAGAAGGCUUUCGGUCUGUAAAUUCAGCACUUUAUUGUUGUAUCGAGGGCAUCUUUUGACGGCACGGCUUUUAUCGGACGUUACGGCUGGCACGACGGCGUUUAAAGAGGGCACGGCUCAUGGGCGCAUCAUUCAUUGCAUUUGCAUUGAGAGACUUGUGUAACACCUGUAAUACAAGUCUCUCAAUCUGACAAUUGCGUGGAUUUAGUAUAUAGUUCGUAUACAAAUUUUGGAACAAUAUUUUGCUACCAG